AUCAAUUUUUAUCCGUUUAGGUUAUAAAUCACUUUAAAUCGUUUUCCUUUCUCAUUGUACAUACUCAGGCAUGGCAUUUGACAGGACGGAGAGAUUCGUGGAAAUAGCUACGUCAACUCCUGCUCGAGUGGGUCCGGGGACUUACGAUAUAUCGGAUCCAUCAAAGCCAGCUCGAGAUCUGAACAACGCUUAUCCAUUUUUGAGCGGAGCUAGCCGGCAGACACUCGGCAUACCAAAAGAUGUGCAUAAGUUCCUGGGUCCUGGUUCUUACAAUAUAGAAGCGCCACGGAAACAUAUACCAGGCAGCAUUAGUCUUGAUUAUACCAAUGUUAGAUUUAAAGGAAAGGUACGUGAAGGACCAAGUUCAACACAAUAUACCUUGCCCAAUGAUUUGUUUAAAGAAACGCCUCAAAAAAUAAGAUCCCAUCCGGGUACUUGGCAUGGUUCCGCAGGCAAACUAUGGUUAAUUCGUCCUCCGCGACUGCUCACGACAGGCCUUGCCGUUCCUUCGAAACAUGACGUUGGCGGAUACGAUUACAAUGAACGAGGCGUACUCGUAAAAAAUCCGGUCAUCGAACAUAAGCCAACCGAUUUUUACGAUGUUCCUCGAGGGGAGACAAACUUUACUACUCUGAAGUACAAAGGAAACUUUUGGAGCAGAAUGAAGGGUAGAGAUGACGAACGGACUUCCGUGACCCCGGGUCCCGGGGACUACGAGCACGAAACAAAGAAAAGUCCCGCCCAAAUCCACGACGAGAGAACUAGGGAAGCGAAAAGAGCCGCCGCUAAGCAGCCACGUUUCUUGGAAGCUUUGUACCAGCAAAAAUUACGCCAAAACUUUCCAGCUCCCAAUCACUAUGACUUACCAAAAAGCGUGUUCGAUAAACGUAUUCUGUGUAAAUGUGACCCUUUUAUGGUAGAAUCGCCACCAUUCAAUCAAUCUGCGAAGAGAUUCGAGGAGAAUUUUCGACCAGAUACACCCGGACCUGGAACUUAUGAAAUUACAGUUCCGCAAAUUUGUUAUGGUUCUAUUCUUCAUGCACCGUUUAGUGUUUUCGACGAUCGUUUCAAGAGAAUUAUUGAGGAGGUGCUACCAGGUCCUGCAGAUUACCACACAGAUAUCGGAACUUUAGCCUUUGAAUCCGCAAAGCGUUUUAAAAAUAAACAUGAAAAAAUGUUUGACUACAUAAAAUUUUGCAAAACGCUACCAUCGAUAAGCGACAAUGAUGAAUAUAUGAUAAUGGAGGAAGGUCAAGUAAUGAAGAAAGUAGACGAAGAAAAGUAUCCGGUAUAUCAUGCAGUCUUCAAAUCAAGAGUAGAUAGAUUUCCAAAAAUGCGCAAAAAUGGUGAUGUACCGGAUUCAGGUGCUUACGAAGUUUUAUCAGCUUUCAAAGCUAAUCGUGAUAGAUGCGAUUUUCUUUGUCGACGAUUAGCUCCACCCUUCGGCUCUCGCGCUAGUCGGUUUCCGAUGAUACCAGAAGACGAUUUCCAUGUACCAGGUCCAGCACACUACGAUCUCAGGGGAGAUAUAUCAAAGAACGUGAAGAAUGGCGUGAUAUAUUCUGCUCCUCGUGAAAAAAAGAUGGAUAUCAAAAGGCCAGGACCAUUGCAUUAUCACAUACAUCCAUACAAUGCGUCAUCCAUUUUGAAAAAGUCAUUUAAUGUCACUCUUGGUCAACCAAAGACCAUACAAAGAAUCAAUGAAGUCCAAACUCCUUGGCAACAUCGACGAUCGAAGAAAAUUCUUCGUUGGUUUGCUAUAUCUCGCGAAAAAUAUCAACAUUGCAGCUCUCUCUGAUAUUUAUUGAUAAAUUAGCAACACAAAAGGGAAUCCAUUUGGGAUUACGCGACAUACAUGAAUCCGGUUAUCAUCCAACGCAAUGCCAUGGCAGCUGACACAUAUCACAAAUACAAGAAGAAUACU